AUGGCGCAAGCAGUAGGGUCCUACUCGAACCCGCUGAAGAAGUUCAAACUGGUCUUUCUCGGCGAACAAUCAGUCGGCAAGACCUCUCUCAUAACGCGCUUCAUGUACGACUCCUUCGACACCACGUACCAAGCCACGAUCGGCAUCGACUUCCUCUCCAAGACAAUGUACCUCGAGGACCGCACCGUCCGCCUCCAGCUCUGGGACACUGCCGGCCAAGAGCGCUUCCGCUCCUUGAUCCCCUCCUACAUCCGCGACUCCUCCGUCGCCGUCGUCGUCUACGAUAUCUCCUCGAAAAAGACCUUUGAGCAAACACGAAAAUGGAUCGAUGAUGUGAGGGGCGAGAGGGGGAACGACGUGAUUGUGGUGCUCGUGGGGAAUAAGACGGAUUUGGGCGAUAGUAGGAGGGAGGUCACGACGCAGCAAGGGGAGGAGGAGGCGAAGAGGGCCGGGGCGAUCUUUGUGGAGACCAGUGCGAAGGUCGGGCAUAAUGUAAAGGGGCUCUUCAAGAGGAUUGCGCAGGCAUUGCCGGGGAUGGAGGGCGAGGGCGAGCAGCCUCAACAACAGAUGCAGAGUAUUGAUGUGAGCGCGAGUAAGCCUGUGCAGGAGGACGGAUGUGCGUGUUGA